UUAUUUCGUUGACAGCGACCGCUUGGGCCAUAUUAUCGUCGGACUGGUCUAUUAAUAUACUUGGCGACUUUAUUUUUCGACCAUGGCGUUUAAUAAUGCUGUUCAGUCUAUUACCCGGUGUUAUUGGAGGACUUCUACUUAUAUAUUAUCCCGAAAGUCCAAAGUUUCUGCUGUCUCAAAAUAAAGAACACCAGGCACUAAUCGCAGUAGAUUGGAUCAGUAAAUUUAAUCGAGGACUACCAAUUACUCGCGUUCUUAAUUGUAAUGAAGUUACACUAAAACCGGAGAUAGAGUAUGAAGAAAACGUAUUGUCGAAUCACAAAGGUUGGAAUAUUUUGACAAACAUCGCUCGUGCUACCCGUCCUUUGUUUCAAAAGCCACAUGGAUUCAACUUUGUGUUAUGCAACUUAGCUAUCCUUUGUUUGUUUUUCAGCUCAAACGGAAUGCAGUUUUGGUUCCCAGAAAUCGUUAACCGAUCAUCCAACAAAGAAAAUCAAAAUUCCACAGUUUGUCAAAUAUUGGACAGUUCCUAUGUUGAACAAAAUAGUUCAACGAAUAGCACUGUGAUCUGCUCCGAUUCAAUAUCAACUAAAACAUAUAUUGAUAAUAUGAUUGUUGGAACAGCGUUUUUAUUAGGUUUCUCAAUACAAGGCACUCUAUUGAAUCCUCUUGGUCGUAAAAACGUUUUGUUGGCCGCUCUCGUAUUUUCUAUUACCAGUGGAAUCUUACUGCACUUUGUUUCCAACCCCAUCGCUGUACUAGUUCUAUUUUGCCUUUACAUCCUGUUGCCCGGAUUAUCAAUAUCCAUUAUGUUAGGUGCAGUCGUUGAUUUGGUACCAACAAAUUUAAGAGGAAAAGCUGUUAGUUUGUGCAUGUCAUUAGGACGACUUGGUACUAUUGCAGCAACUAAUCUAAUUGGUGUAAUGUUACACCCGUAUUGCAACACAACUUUUUCAUUGUUUACCUUUGUUCUUUUUGUUUGUAUUGUGAUUGUGUUUCGUCUACCAAUAAGGAAUUCUGCAUAAGCCGCUUAAGUUAAGAGUAACCGAAAAAUGUGGAUACUGAUAAAAUUGCGCUUGCAUUAAAGAAAAUACUUCGAAAUUAUAAAAUGUUGCCAAAACGA